AUGCUUCAAUGUCUCACGGUUUUCUCGUGCCGCUUGUAUUUUGCUGGAGGACGAACUGCGGAGGUUGAGUCACGAUUUUCUCUCUCACAGUCGGAGUCGUUGGGCCUUCCAAUUUCCACUGCGACGGGCGCACAGGCGGCACAGCUACAGCAGCCUGAUCCGGCCCUGGGCGUUGGGAAUUUGGAAGUCGACCGGCGUUGGAAAUGUCUCUUGCAGAGGCUGGGAGAUGUGGGUUUAGGGGGAGAAAUGAAAAUGAACAAGUCGGAGAUUGACGUGGCUUCUGAUUCUAUGUCCUCUUUGGAUCAGAUUGAUAGUGCUAGAAACCAUGGGAUUCUUCUUGAAGCUGUUCAAGUUCUUACUGAUUUGAUUCUGUCGUUUAAGAAAGCUUACAUUUUUUCUGAUGGUCGGUGGUUCAUGGAUGGACCGGCCCUGCUGUUACAUAUAUACCACGUUGGACGAUUACGCAAUUUUCCAGCCGUAUCAAUAAAGAAAAAGAACAAAUAUGAGUCAACCAUCUGUGGUUCUUGCUACAGCGAGCUAUGA